UAUCAGAGGACCAGGUUGACGCCUUUUUAAUACACCUCGUACAAUUGUUUCUUUUACUUGUAGGAGGCUCUUUUUGAGAGCUCAACCCAUUCCAAGCUAUUUAAAGGGCAAACGGAACAAUGGCCUCUAGCGCAAGUCCACCGCUGGUGGAGGUCGCGCAGCGCGCCGUUUCCGCUAGUGGCUGGACACCACAGCAAAAGUGUUUCCGAAGCCUAAUGAAAUCUCUCCGUAAUGCUUAUUUUCACGAUCGAUCUAAACUAUUUUGGGCACGGCAUCGGGUGUUAGUAGAGUUUUACAAGUAUUCCAAGGUUGAGGAUCCAGCCGUUGUUGAGUUGCUUGUCGGUCUUGGUGGUGAAGUCGCCGCCUUUGUGGAGCAGUACAUGAAGACAGAUGUUGAGCGAAUAAUCAAACAUAAUCAAAAGAUGGUAUCGCUUCCGGUUGAUCAGGCUAAACAAUAUCGCGCCGAUUACUACCUUCAUGAACGUCAGCACGAGUCGUGGUGCAAGCAGAAGAUCAAGGCAAUCAUGAAUCGAAGACCUCCCCCACCAUACCCAUUCUUUUAACUAUAAAAAUGUUGAUGAUCUGCGCUUUGAAUGAAUGAUCUUCCCUUCAGUAGUUAUUUCUGCUUUUGAGGAAGAUAUCUCGGUGUUUUUCACACGUCUGGUUUAAGCGUUUGACGUACGCUAAGGCUAAAUCGUCAGAAAAGAGCAUGGAUAAACAUGCUAAGAGUGGACAAUGAUAAAAAAUCUUUUGUGUUCUAAGAAAAAUCUCCGACAAGGCUUUCCUAGACAUUCGUUGUGUAUUCACUUUCAAUGUGCCAAAAGGUCAGAAAUAGGUUUCUACACAUGCGUACUACAAAAAGGGUAGUAUUUUAACAAUAGGAUUAGCGUUUCCUAGUAUAUCAAAAGCACAGCCUUUUAUUAUUCUCCAUUCCUUUCCAAUUCCAAUCAUUUGCAUCGUCUACAAGUAGCGAAGGUUAUACUGCGGUUGUGAAAAGGGGAUGUUUUUCUCUAAUGGUACACAAGCAGAUUGGUUGUAUAUUAGCUUUCAUAUCUGGCUCUAGGCCGAUCGUGGAUGGCAAGAUUCAUAAAAAGGUUUAAUAGUUCACAAAACUAUGAAAAUAGGCAGCUGCGCGUGUCAGAUGACUUAGCUCGAAUUUAAUUCUAGGGUCGUCAUGAAGUUGAUGAUUACAACGCGAUAGUCAAGCUGUCUGUGCUCUUUUCCGGAAAGGCUUAAUGGUUGUGAACAUGUAUCCAUCCGAUCUCCCUUGAAAACGACUUAGUCUUGGCGGUAUGCGUUACAUCACCCCUAACACCUCUCCUAUCACAGCAGCCUCGAGGCUGCACCCACAAUUAUGAGGAUGAUGCUGCACUAUAAUAAUGAAACAAUGGAAAAAUAUAUUACUGUAUGUCGUAACUAAGAUCACAAUUAACGACACCAAAUAGAAUGUAAGAAAGGGCCAUCGCACUGUGUGAUAUCGGUAAGUGAUGAAUCAUGCAGAGCUGUGGUAUCGUCACAUUAGUGUUUGAUAAUAUGAAAGUGGCUGGAAAAUUACUCCCCAUGGCUCUUAAGGUCCCUUAUCAAGGGUGAUAUUCGCAUUUGUUUUGAAAACUGAAGAGGCUUGUCGAUAAAUUUGAAACAAAGGUUUGGUACGCUACUGUCGCAUUUUUUGUAAUCGAGUGGUAAAAGGGUUCAAUUGUACAACGCUGAAUCUCAUGAAUAGCUGAAGCCACUCGAAAACAUGUGUAAAAAGGUUCUAACUCUAUUUUCUGGAUUCGUUUGGGUUUGGAACCUCUAGUUUCUUGUGUUCAGAAGCACAGGUUUUCCAUUACAAACAUUUUUCCUUCCAGUAUCGAAAAUCGAAUUCAAUAGUGUCACAACUGAUUGCCUUAUUUCCUUAUUUUAUUAUUAGGGCCUUUAAAUUUCGAGUAAAUUAAAUAAAACUCUCCGAUUUUGAAUUAUAGGUACUAUUUUUUGAAGUGACUGUAUAUCUUACGAAGGUCAAUAGUAGCAAAAAUGUGAAUAUAUAACGUCUCUACAUAAGCUGAAUACGUUUAUAACUAUCAUGGUUUCAAUGUUUAUGAAAGAAGGAACCCUCAAAAAGUGAACUAAAGACAACUAGAGGUAGUGGAAUUGUAAUACUAGCACUCACCACAUGCACGAAGGGAAUACUAGGUGGACGGUUCUUUGAAUCGCAUUGUAGUGGAAGGAAAUCCUCAGCUCUAGGUAUAAAAUCAAAAGAUAUAUACCAAGCCGUAAUAUGAAAAGUUCUUAGGUUGAACG